UGGGUGGGAGAGGAGGAGAGUCCAACGAGGGAGGAGGUGCGCGUCGCGACGACCCUCGCGUCACACGCCGCUUCGGCGUGUGGACGAGCCUCGACAAGGCGGCGCUCGCACACGCGCACGCACACACGCACGCACACGCACGUGUUCCACAACAAGAGAAAUCGCCACUCGAAGCCCCCUCUAGAGCGGCGAAGAGGGGCCUCUCAGUGCCGAGUGGGACCUCGUGGCAGCAAGCAGCCAGCAACGACGCCGCCCUAGCCGCGAGCCUCGCGAGCAUCCGAGACCAGCAGCGCCGAACCGACGACGACGACGCGCCAAGAUGGCGGCCGUGCCUCUCCGGAGGAAGAGGGGAGGAGGCGGUGAAGUAGAGGAAGAAGCGGCGAGAUUUCCCUAAGGGGGAAAGGAAGCAAGAACAAGGAGCGAGCGGAGAACCGCGACAGGGACGACUCGUUGCGGCCCGCGCGAAUCGGGGAAAGAGACGAAUCUCGAAGAGAAGCACGCAAAAGAAAAAAGAAGUAAAGCCGACGCCGGCGGCGGGCAUGGGAGCCGGCCGAACGGAGGCUAGGCAGCGCCAAGGCGCCGGCAUGGUUUCGGCCAGCGGCAAGACAUGUCCAUGAGUCCCGCCCGGAAGACGCCUCUACACCGACACCAGGAGGACGUCGACGAAGACACGACCACGACAGUGCUUCCGCCGGGCCGCCAAGUCCAGCAGCUGCAAGGCCACAACAGCACUCCGUUCUCGGUGUCCGACAUCCUGAGCCCCCUGGACGUGAGCACGGUCCAGCAGCUGCAGCACUUCCACGACGACACGGUGACGGUCAGCUGCGCGGCCGCCACCGGCGGAUUCGGAGGCCUCAUGAUGAACAGUCACUACGGGAUGCAGCUGGGCUCGCAGGGUUUUCCCGGCUCCCAGUACGGCGCGGGCCCGCCGGACCUGACGGGUCACUACGCCGAUCCGAUGCGGCAGUCUGCGGCCGCGGCUGCCGCCGCGGGAUGGUACGGAACGGCGCCGGAUCCGCGCUUUGCCAUCUCGCGGCUCAUGGGCGGCCCAGGGGGUGCCGGUGCCGGAGCCCAGCUGGGCCCGGCGCUGAGCGCGGCCUGCGGAGGACCGGGCUCGGGCGCGGACUCGAUGGGCAAGUCAGCCGCGGCGGCUGCUGCGGCCGCCGCCUGUGCAGCCGCAGCCGCGGCCGCAGGCAUGCAGUUUCCCCUGGGCCAGCGCCGAAAGAGGCGCGUGCUCUUCACGCAGGCGCAGGUGUACGAAUUGGAACGACGGUUCAAGCAGCAGAAGUACCUGUCAGCUCCUGAAAGGGAGCACCUGGCUAGUCUCAUACACCUAACACCCACUCAGGUGAAGAUUUGGUUCCAGAACCACCGUUACAAGUGCAAGCGGCAGGCCAAGGAGAAGGCCAUGGCCGAGCAGCAGCUGCAGCACGGUACCAACAGCGUCAGCGCAGGCACGGCGUCAGGAGCGCACCAGGGGUCGCACUCCCCCAGAAAGGUAGCCGUGCCGGUACUGGUGAAGGACGGCAAGCCAUGCGGCAAUUCCUCGGGAGAGGAGGACGCCGUCGGGGACCUGCUCUCCUCUACUGGCUCCUCGGUGGGCGGAGUGGGCGCCUCGCACCACCAGUCCUCGUCCUCUUCCUCGCAAAGGAGCGGCAACGGCAUUGGCGCAGGAGGCCUCCACCACCACCAGCACCACCACCACAGGUCGUGCCUGGUGGACAGCUCGACCGGCGCUAGGGUCAUGUGCGGGGCGCCUCCCAGUAGUUCCAGCCCUCUAAACAUCAACGGCAUGACAUCGUACGGCCAAGCGGUCGACCUGAAUCCGGGCAGCAUGGUGGGCAACGCAGCGGCUACCGGAGCCGGAGGCAUGCCGGGAGCCGCGAUGACCUCCAUGUGCCCGUCCUACCUGCAGCUGCAGGGACGCACCUGGUGACUGGAUCUCUGGGACGCCUCGUGACCCCAGCGGACUCACGAGGCGUCCCAGGCGACCGUCAAGAGAGAGGUCGCCACCGACGACGACGACUGCAACUUCAGCGAGGACGAAGAAGAGGAGGAGGAGGACGAAGAAGAGGACCAGGACUUCGCCGCCGCUUCCGGAACGAGACCUCAACCGCUCAGGCAAGGAGCGCCAGAGGAACUGCCUCAAGAUGAAGACCUCUGCGACAUAGUGCUCUGAAGACAUGCGAUGUGAAGAAACCUUCGAUGCAGUCGGGAUGAAUAAGCAUCGUGGUAACUCGUAAUCACCUUCUCACUGAAGGCAUAUCCUUGCUUUAAUAGUAGAUGGCGCGAGGUGGCGCGUCGACCAAGACUGCUAGGAAGCCAGGCUGAAACUGCAAAUCUUUGGCUUGUGAAGGAGACCACUUCCAAAAGCAGAAAUAGUUAUGUCGCUUACUUCGUCGGUGUCGGCUAGAAGAAACUGUCACCAUGAAUGUGCUACCGCCUUCGUGCAGUCUGCUGACUUUUUCGGAAGGACAGAUUUCUUACCAGAAGCAGGUGCUCUGCAACCUCACUACAAGGAAAGAUUCUGCUGACCUUAUGAGGGUGCAGUUCAGUCAUAUAUAGGGCGAAACAAACAGAACGCGGCAACGAAAGCGACAAAGAACACUGCGCUAUUGUGUCUGACAGGGGCAAAACCUAACUGUACCUGUGUGAGGUAUGUGCGCUGGAAGUGCGGAGUUGAUCUUCUGUCGACGCGAACUACCUAAAUGGCGUUGCAGGCAUGGUUUCUCAACUCGACGUUUUUCUCAACUAACAAGCGGCGUAUACGUACAAGGUGCUCGAAAUUCCAAGUCGAAUGGCAGUGCCAAAGCUUUUCUUUUUUUUUUUUUCCUCUUCCAGCUUCACAUCGGCCCUCCGAACGUUGCACCAGUGGUGAUCAAUGAUGUGUGAUAAUCAUAGACCGUGUUCUCUCACAAACCACGGAAGAGCUAUGGAGCUCCGGGGUAGACAAAAUCAAACUGCUCCCCAGUGAACUUUGCGCGUUUACAGUGUAAGUGCCGUAGGCGUCAACCUGCAUUAACUUUCAGCAAGUAUUAAUGACGCUGGCGAAUACGCCUGUCAGUGACGACAGUCAAUCUACGCGGACGUUCGUUUUGUGUGCGAGAAAACGUUACGACAGCAUCCUUUGCCCUCACGGCGAAAGACCAACAUUGUCAUACUUUCGAAUGUGAGUACAUCGUUUGACGCUCUUUUUCCGAGGGUUAGCCAGAUCGUCUAUGAGAGAGCGGCUCUAAAUUUCAAAUAGCAGUAUUAGUAGAGACCCUAUUUGAUAUAGUGUCGCUAUUACUGGUCCAAUUGACCGUAUAGUGCAGCGUUCCGACAUAAUAUACUAAUACAGAAGUAAAGACAGAAGUGAGUGAUAUUACAGGGAGAUUAAAGAUAAGUAACAAGUCCAGCUCGAUGAAUAGACAAAAUUUCUAGGAUUAGAUUGUUUCUCGCCCUCUCAUAAUUCUCGGACCAUUGCGUAUGACGUUGGAGGUGUCGAGAGCAUUUUGGUGAGUUGAGUUAAUUACAUUGGUCAUAAGAAAACAAAUUCACAUUGUGAAAAAAAAAAAAAGCGCUCGACCUGGCCAUUUUCCUGGGAUUUUCUCGCAUUAUAUAUACCUGGAUGCGCAUGACGUAUCAAAUAUCAUGGUACAGGCACAAAAAUUUAAGCGAAGAAAAAGAAAGCUGUCGUUCUCCUUUUCUCCGCUGGUGAGAAAUAUUUUUCGCCUGAAGAAACGUAUAAAAAUUUAGGAAGUAAUCUCCCAGUCUAUGCCGAUGAAGUCGUUCUCUAGAAGAUUCUUUAGUUACGAUGUUAUACAGCACACUUGCUGUACCGAUUCUAUACGCAGAACGCUAGCAGAAAGUCAUAAACGAUGUACUCGCAUUUCAGAUUUGUGUGUUCCAUGAAUUUUACGACAAUACCUGCUCGUUUAGGACAGAGCCUUUAAAAUGACUGUACAUAAAAAGCGCCGCAACCAAUGCUCGAACGGACGCGCGGUUCUUUAGUGCGACGUCACUGGUUUUCUUGACAACGAUUUAGGGAUGCUGUAUGUAGCUGCAUCGUCAGUUCGACGUAUGUCACGUAGCUCGAUGAAACCUUGUAUAUAUACCUGUAGUAGCUCGAUGAUAAUACAUACCGAUUAUGCUGUGUA